AGCCUCUUCCCCAUCUAAUCCUCCUUGGAUACUUGUGCUCUGUUUUUACGAGACCAGAAUAGAAACAGAACGAGGAAGUGCUGACGCACUGGGCUCCCACAAGUACUACCCGAAGCUAGACCGACCAAGGCUCCCCCAUUUGGGAGGAGGACCAGACCGGAAAUGAUGGUUUCUAUGGUAACCCCUGAGUGGGUUGCCUGGGAGAUGACCCCUUUUGGUCUCUUUGAAUCUCUGCUGUAGCAUUACCUGGAAGGAGGAUCUAACAUCCUGGACUGUCUCCUGCCAUGAUUCCCGGGAAAUACCGCGCAGUUUCUGGCCGGGCUGCAAACAACGUGAACUGUGGGCUUCAUCUGGUCAUUCAAACAGCAUCACUUUCUGACAAAAACAAAGUUGAAUUCAAGCUUAAUAGAGAAACACCGCCAUUUCCUGGUAGACUGUUACAACAUGACCUUGAAAGGAAUUAUGCAAGUAGGCAAGGUAUCGUCAGAGAUGGAAGAGUAAUAAGUCCUUCGCCUCGUAAUAAAUCAUCAUGCAUCUCAUCCACAACAAACGUGACAGAACUGUAUGGGCUGGACAUGAGAACUGCUACCAGCUCCUUGUCAGCAUUUGGCAACUCUUCCAUUCAGACAUCGUCAAAGCCCAGAAUCCGGCAGGGCUGUCAUAGUGCUGGCCCCAAUGUAUCUGGUGACCAUAUUAAUUUGGUGAGCUCAUCAAUGCCGUCAUUUCCUAUUCUCCAACGUUCCUCUGAAGAGAAAAUUCUUUACUCAGACAGGUUGACCCUAGAAAGGCAGAAGUUGACUGUGUGUCCUAUAAUCGAUGGGGAAGAACAUCUUCGUUUGUUAAACUUUCAACACAAUUUUAUAACUCGGAUCCAAAAUAUUUCUAAUCUACAGAGGCUCAUAUUCUUGGACUUAUAUGAUAACCAAAUUGAAGAAAUUAGUGGACUUUCUACUCUGAGAUCUCUCCGUGUCCUUCUCUUGGGGAAAAACAGAAUUAAGAAGAUCUCAAAUCUGGAGAAUCUAAAAAAUUUAGAUGUCUUGGACCUUCAUGGAAAUCAGAUUACCAAAAUUGAAAAUGUCAAUCAUUUGUGUGAUUUGAGAGUAUUGAAUCUUGCCAGGAACCUUUUAAGCCAUGUGGACAAUCUUAAUGGGCUGGAUUCCCUAACUGAACUUAACCUUCGACACAAUCAGAUCACCUUUGUGAGAGAUGUGGAUAAUUUGCCCUGCCUCCAACGUCUGUUUCUCAGCUUCAACAAUAUAUCUAGUUUUGACAGCGUUUCCUGCCUUGCUGACUCAACUUCCCUCUCAGACAUCACCUUUGAUGGCAAUCCAAUAGCUCAAGAGUCAUGGUACAAGCACACAGUCCUUCAGAAUAUGAUGCAGCUGCGCCAGCUAGACAUGAAGAGAGUCACGGAAGAAGAAAAGCGUGUGGCAUCUAUUGUAGCCAAAAAGGAAGAAGAGAAGAAGAGGGAAAGCCACAAACAAUCUCUGCUUAAGGAGAAGAAGAGGUUAACAAUUAACAACGUAGCCCGGAAGUGGGACUUGCAACAACGAAUAGCCAAUAUUGCUGCCAGUCAAGAUAUAAAAGCCUCCGAGUGUCCUCAGGAGCCCUGUCAGACUGAUGAGAACACCCUUUCUACAUUUCCAGAGGAGACAGGGUCUCUAGACUCAGGACUCACCAAUGUGUUACAAGGCUUGUCUGUCACAGACACACACCUGGUGGAGGUAGAUGGAGACACCCUUUCGCUGUAUGGCUCAGGAGCCCUGGAAUGUCUGGAUCGGAACUGGAGUGUUCAGACAGCAGGCAUGGUCACAACAGUCUCCUUCACAUUCAUAGAAUUUGAUGAAAUUGUGCAAGUGCUUCCCAAAUUGAAGAUUAAGUUUCCUAAUUCUCUGCACCUGAAAUUCAAGGAGACCAAUCUUGUCAUGCUGCAGCAGUUUAACGCACUAGCACAACUUCGUCGGGUUGAUCAGCUGACAAUCGACCCUCAAGGAAAUCCAGUUGUCAAUUUUACACUAUGGAAAUACUAUGUACUCUUUAGACUGAGCCAUUUCAGUAUGCAGAAAAUAAAUGGAACAGAGGUGACACAAAACGAUAUGAUAAUGGCAGAAAGGCUCUUUGGAAUCCUCGCACAUGUAGCAUCUUCCGAGUUACCACAGUACCAGAUGAUUUCCAUUCUGGGUGAUGCCAGGAAAAAACAAUUCCGAUACCUACUAGAAACCAAAGGGAAGAAACCUGGUAUUGUCAGUGAAGAUAGUAAUGACAGCAAAAGACCUGUAGGAGAGAGCACAAACCGUGCCAUGCUGAACUAUGCCACAAGAGAGUUUUACAAUGAAAAGCUAGAGGAAAUAAAGGACAAAAAGAAAUUCUGCAAGAUGUACGUGGAAGACCUCGUGAAGGAAGCCACCGAAAUCAACAUGAAAAAUGAAGCUCUGCAGAAGCUCUGGCCACAGAUGUUCAUCGAGCUGGUUAGGGACGCCGUGAUCGAAAUCCGCAAUAAGAACUCCUACAUGAAGCUCUGCCUCCAGCAGAUAACGGACCCAAAAUAGAGCUGGUGCUUAGCUUCAGCUGAUUUGAGCAGUUCCCUUUUUAAAGGUUGGAAAUAACGCUGGCGGGGGACAUGCUCUGUUCUAACUACAGCACCAUCAAACGCCCUAGACCGAGUAGCCUCUAAGCUUGCUGCCCACCCUGGUAGGUGUUCAGGUGAAGAGGGAAGGGAACACAGAGGAGAGAGGGCUGGCUCCUUUCCCAUGCAUGCUGAGCACGCAACCUUGGGGAACCAAGCAGCGUUUGGAGGUGGCCAGCCACUGGAUUGGCAGGACUUCUUCAGCUCUCGCUGAUCUGUGCCACCUGCUACAGCCCGAAGCGCGCCCUGUGUGCCCAUGGCGCCACAUGAGUUGCUUCUGCUGACUUCCAACUGAGGAUUUCCAUUUCUUUGCCUUUUUAUUUUAUGUCAUGCUUUCAAAGCUAAAGAUAGGUUCUUUUUUAUGAGUGAAUAAUAAAUACAUUAGUUUGAAAAAAGGA